AUAGUAGUCUUCCUGUCCUGACCAGCUUCAUUUCCAAGCCUGACCCUGCCUGCUUCCUCCCUCCCUCAGAUGAUGGGAGUAUCUGCCUAGAGGGCAGGACCAAGGUGAUGGUAACACCUCAGGACCUCACCUUCUGUAAAUCCCUGUAGCCCAGCUGCUUACCAAGGAAGAGGAAGGAAGGACCUCUGCCCCCCUGGGAUCCUUCAGCCUCCCCAGCUCAGCCUGCAUAGGACCAAGGCCUGACCCAAGCUUGGAGCCUGGAGCCAGAGGGAAUGGCGCCUGGGAGCUGCAGACCCCCAGCCCAGGAGUUGGUGACAUUCCAGGAUGUGGCUGUGGACUUCACCCCAGAGGAGUGGGGCCUGUUGGACCCUUCUCAGAAAGAGCUGUACAAGGAGGUCAUGGUGGAGAAUGCCCAGAACCUGCUGUCCCUGGGACUUCCAGCUCCCAGAGAAGGAUUCAUCUCCCAUUUUGGACAAGGGGAUGCACCAUGGAUGGUGGAGCAAGAAGACCCCAGAACCUCCUGUCCAGAUGGAGAGACAAGGCUUGACAUGAGGAAGGCUACGGCCAACCUGAACAUUUCUUCAGAAGCAUCACGACAGCAAAGAUUCAUGAAAAAUGGUGUCUGGGGCUCUGAUAUCACAAUGGAGAAAAAACAAAAGAGUCACUGUGCAUUUGAUCAAGAUGGAAAGAGUUUCAGACAAUGUUCAGCCCUAAUUCAGUGUAAGAAAAUGACCUCAGGGAACUGCUGUUCACAGGAUCAUAAAUAUAGGGAGAGCUUUACUGAACCAGUAGAGGUGGUUGAGUCUCAUGAGAAGCUUCCUAAAGUGCAAACUUAUGGAUGUGAGAAGACCUUCAGCUUGAAUUCAGAACUAAUUAGAUCUCAGAAAAGUCAUACAGGAGAAAUGCUUGGUAUCUGUAAUGAGGGUGAGAAGGCCUUGAGUCAUAAUUCAAAGCUCACUGACCACCAGAAAAUUCAAAAUGGAAAGCAACAUUAUGGUUGUAUUGAAUGUGGUAAAGCCUUUAACCGACACUCAUCCCUUGUUUCCCAUCAGAGAAUUCAUACUAGAGAGAAUUCUCAUGAGUGUCAUACACGUGAUAAAACUUUCAGUGAAAACUCAUUCCUUAUUUUACAACAGAGAAGACACAUUGGUGCAAAACCUUAUGAAUGUAAUCAGUGUGGAAAAGCUUUUAGACUCAGCCGCCAUCUUACUAAACAUAAGAGAGUCCACACUGGAGAGAAACCUUAUGAAUGUAAGCAAUGUGGAAAGAGGUUCAGACAGAGGGCAAGUCUUGCUGAUCAUCAGAAAAUCCACACUGGAGAGAAGCCUUAUCUAUGUGAUAAAUGUGGAAAGGCUUUCAGACACAGAUGCAGUCUGCCAGCACAUCAGAGAAUCCACACUGGAGAGAAACCUUAUGAAUGCAAUCAGUGUGGAAAAGCUUUUAGACUCAGCUGCCAUCUUGCUAAACAUAAGAGAGUCCACACUGGAGAGAAACCUUAUGAAUGUAAUCAGUGUGGAAAGAAUUUUGGACAGAGCUCCAGUCUUGCUACACAUCAGAGAAUCCACACUGGAGAGAAACCUUAUGCAUGUAAUCAGUGUGGAAAAGCUUUUAGACUCAGCUGCCAUCUUACUAAACAUAAGAGAGUUCACACUGGAGAGAAACCUUAUGAAUGUAAUCAGUGUGGAAAGACUUUUACAAAAACCUGGAAUCUUGCUGUGCACCAGAGAGUUCACACUGGAGGGAAACCUUAUGAAUGUAAUCAGUGUGGAGAAGCCUUUAGACUCAGUUCCUAUCUUGCUAAACAUCAGAGAAUCCACACUGGAGAGAAAUCUUAUGAGUGUGAUCAGUGUGGAAAGACUUUUACGAAAACCUGGAAUCUUACUGUGCACCAGAGAGUUCACACUGGAGGGAAACCUUAUGAAUGUAAUCAGUGUGGAGAAGCCUUUAGACUCAGCUCCUGUCUUGCUAAACAUCAGAAAAUCCACAUUGGAGAGAAAUCUUAUGAAUGUAAUCAGUGUGAAAAAAUUUCGGACAGACUCUAAUUCUUAGCCAGUACCAAGUAGUUUUGAUGACUGCUGCUUUAUAGUGAAGUUUAAUAUCUGGUAUGGCUAGAUC